AUGGGCACAGCUUCUGCUACUGCCGCAGAUUCGGCUAAGCGCGUCCGCUUGCCUGAUUAUGCCGGUGACUCUCCCAGCACGUCUGGACCUCGACUCGGAAGGCUCGGAUUGCCCGCGCGUCACACUCUAGAUAACAGCCCCAGCCACGACAAGGGUUUGCAAGAGUUCUCAGGCAUGGGCCUAUUUACUGCCGAUGAUGACCCUGACGCGUCUGGGGCCAGGUCGAGCCAGCCUCUCCCACGGAAGGAACUCAGCUCUAGGCAGAAUCCUGACGCCGACGCGCACAGGAGUCUACCAUCAUCCAGCCUUAUCCCAGAUUCUACCUUUCACACCAUCCCAAGUACAGACACUGCUGGCUUGUCAACGCGAAAUACAUUAUCAUCAUCCGAAGCACCGGCUGAACAGUACCACGAUCAUUUGCCUGAUACCCUCUCCAAAUAUGAGAGGAAGCUGAAGAAGUUUGUCGGCCAGUGGCAUGCAUCCCUCGUGAAAAAAGGCAUACCAGAGCAUCUAGUCCACGAGCUUGCCAAGCAAUGCAUCCAGACCAAUGACGAAGAAGACGACUCGGAGACAGAUAGCCAACGUGAUGCAAGCCGUAUGAAGAAGCCACUCGUCUCUCCCACACCAGGUUUGCUCUCGAGGAGAGGCACCCAGCUCGUCCAGGCAUCCACCCAAGUGUCGAACAAUCAUCAAGACAAUAAAGAAGAUGGUGGUAUCCCUUCGCGGUCAUCUGCCAAUCGAGCUCUCACACAGACCCCUCGGACGGGCGGCGACGAACCCAUCGUGGUACGGCUGGGCGCCGGUGGGCGAACACAGAAGCAGGGACUCAGCGGGGAUAAAAAGCCAGCCACCCUGGUGGAGGCCUUGCGAGCCAAGAGUAGACAUAAGAAGCACGGAGAGGAGGGAGAUGACGCUUUUGAUAGCCUAGCUGUUGCCCGAAGGCUGCAGAGAAGAGACUUUGGCGGCAAGCUGUCAUCGCAUGACAUCUGCGUCAUAGGCAUGGCCGUCUUACAUGAGGUAUUCGGCGGUAAAGGCCAGAAACGACUCGCUGAUACACUGACGCAUCUCUAUGGCCACCAUCCGCGACAACACCUCGCCGACCUCAGCCGGAACGCAGGUCGGGUAGCAGAUGAGAUCCGCAAGAGUGGCCCAGAGAUGCUAUCCAGCUUCACCUUACGUUGGGCUCAGGCCGUUCAGCACGACAGCCCUAACAUGUCGACGGUUGACGACAUUAGACUUGCUGAUAUGAAGGUGUCACUUGUCCGUGAAUGGGAUUAUUGGUCGAGUCAGGCCGCUAUAGGGUCGGAAAGAGAGAUUGAGGAUUUCCUCGCCAAGAACGGACUGGGCGCCAACACAGGGGCACUCUCAAUAAGGAUAGCCAAGUAUCUCAGUAGACAGCUCGGUCUUCCCGACGGCAUCUUGGCCAAGAAGAUCUAUGCCUGGCGACCACUGACAGUUAUGGCAGACGUCUUUGGCGAUGGCAUUUAUGUCUUUGUCUCAAGGAGCCUCUUUACAUGCUAUAAUAAGCUUCAUCCAACCCAUGGCAUCAAGAAAGAGGACAAGUUCCGCGCUAUGGCGCUCGCCGUGGCAGACGAGCUCCCUGACCUCCUUGAGAUCUGUAAGGCAUCAUAUACGCAUAUCGUUCAGCCUGUCCUGAAGUCACGUAUUCCAGGUGAUAAUAACAUACAAGAUCUUUCACGGGAUCUAAGAGUCCCUGGUGUUCAGAUGGCUACAUACGGUCAUCUAUAUAGCUUGCGAAAAACGUCUAUUCCACAACUGCUCGGUAUUCAUAUGUCUCUCAGUGGGUUUGUAGAGGAAUUAGGUAAUGUGGCAGGAGGCGAUAUUGAUGCUGAGAUUACAUUGGUUCGUCAACAGUCUCUCCAGCAAUAUUAUAAGGAGGGUAACAAUAGUGAUAGCGAUAGUAAUAAUAAUAGGAGCGGAAGUGGAGAAGAAUAUGAGGAUUAUAAUGAAUAG